AUGGAAAAUCAAGACUUCCUCACAGAUUUAUAUUUUCAAAAAAAAUCAGUCAGUGUAUUUUUAGAUGACGGAAAAAGCUUACAAAAAGACCAUAACCUCAAAAGCUUGAUAUAUUCUUUUGAUAUAACAUCAACUGCGCAUGGGAAAACUUUCAAUUGGACAAUCAACAAAUUAUAUUCAGAAUUUCAACAAUUAGAUCGAGAUAUAAGGAUAUUUUAUCACCCAAGACCAUUAGGACACCAUCUAAUGCCAAAACUUUUUACUGUGAAACACGAACAGCAGCAAUUAAUUACACUUGAAAAUUAUAUUCGAGCAAUUUAUGAUAUUCCUAGGAUCAAAAAAUCUCCAAUUUUUUGGGAAUUUAUUGAAGUUAGCGAGAUUUCAUUUCUUGGAACCUCAAUAAAAAGAAAAGAAGGGUAUAUUUAUAAAAGAACUGGAGGAAGAAUAGGAAAUGAGCUGCGAUUUUGCAAUUGUAAAAAAUAUUUUCGAAGAUACCAAAAGCGCUGAUUAAUUAUUCGUGAUAAUAUGGUCGGCUAUUUGGCCUCAAACACAAAAUCUAAUUUAUUAGAAGUUUUGGUUUUUAAAGGGAAAUUUAAGGUAUUUUUUGGAAAACCUAGCACAGGCCAUAAUGAUGGAAUUAUAAUAGAAACAUCAAAUCGAAAAUUAAAAUUUAGAGCAGGCAGUGUAAUGAGAAUGAAAGAAUGAGUCCAAGCUAUAAAUGAAGCUUAUGCAAACUCUGAAUGGACAAGUGAAAACAUGAGAUUUGAGUCAUCUUUUCCUAUUAGGCAUGGAAAUGAAGCAAAGUGAUAUAUUGAUGCAGAAGAAUAUUUUAGCGAUGUAUAUGAUGAGCUAAAAAAAGCUAAACGGGAAGUUUUUAUUUCUGAUUGGUGGCUAAGUCCUGAGCUCUACUUGAAACGCCCUGCAAAACUUUGGACUGAUUCACAAGUUUAUGAAGUUUUAGGGAGCCUUGCUGACCGUGGGGUCAAGAUUUUCAUCCAUGUAUAUAAAGAGGUAAGUUUUGCCUUAAAUUUGAAUUCCUUACACACAAAAAAUACAAUAAUUUCAAGAAAUCCAAAUAUUCAAAUAGUUAGGCACCCUCAUAGGUCUGUGGUUGGUGGAGAGUUUCUAUGGACUCAUCACGAAAAAUUAGUAGUGAUUGACCAAGAAGUUGCCUUUGUGGGUGGCCUUGAUAUGUGCUUUGGAAGAUUUGACAAUCAAAGUCACAAAUUAACUGACUUAAAUGAAAAUCCGACAUGGCCUGGGAUUGAUUAUUCGAACGUAAGAAUAAGCGAAUAUCAGGAUGUUGACAAUUGAAAUAGAGACUUAAUUAAUAGGAAAACUACCCCAAGAAUGCCAUGGCAUGAUAUUGCUUUAAAAGUUUCAGGGAAAGCUGCUUCAGAUGUAGCUUUGCAUUUUAUUGAGCUUUGAAACCAUGUGAUGACCGACAUCACAGGAAACUACUGCAAAGACAAAAAUCUCUUGGAGCCACCUUCUUGUGAAAAAGUUUUCCUAAAAAAUGUCAGCACGAUUGUUGAGUCCCCAAAAAUUCAAGUCUCUUCUGUAAUAAAAAAUCAAGAAGACCAAGAAGAGGCUGUUUUUGAUACAAAGAGAAGAAGCAAAACAUAUGGCCCAGUAUCGUGUACAACUAUGAAUGAGAUUAAUUUAAUAAGACAUAAAAGUGUGGGAGGUGCCCAUAAAAGAAAAAUUAAUGUUGAAAAUUUAAUGUUUUCUAUGUCUUUACCAGACAGACAUCCAAGUCAUGGUAAAGUGAUAAAUGUGCUAAAAGUCCCAACAACCCCUGAAAUUCAAAGACACUUACUCCCCCCCUCCGUGGGCGAACAAAGAAAUUUUGUUCGCUUACGGAGAUGGAUAAAUUUUUUUAUAAAUUUCAUAGAAAAUUUUGUUUUCAAAAAUUUUAAAAAUUCCAAUUUGUAAAAAUUGAGUAGUAAAAAUUAAUUGAAUUUGCGAAAUUUAUAUUUUUAAAACGCAAGCUGUCUAAAAUUAAUAGAAUUAGCUAUAGAUUUGGUUAUCAUUUAUAUAGCAAAAUUUUUUUUUCAUAAAAAAUUUUAUAUAUUAAAAAAAUUGUUGUUUUGGGCAAAAAAAUAGGCGUAUCUUCACACGACGACUAUUUCAUAACGACUAUUUUUUUUUGGCCUAUUUUUUUUGGCCUAUUUUUUUUUGGCCUAUUUUUUUUGGCCUAUUUUUUUUUAGCCUAUUUUGUUUUGGCCUAUUUUUUUUUUGGCCUAUUUUUUUUUGGCCUAUUUUUUUUGGCCUAUGUUUUUUUUGGCCUAUUUUGUUUUGGCCUAUUUUGUUUUGGCCUAUUUUUUUUUUGGCCUAUUUUUUUUGGCCUAUUUUUUUUGGCCUAUUUUUUUGGCCUAUUUUUUUUUGGCCUAUUUGUUUUUGGCCUAUUUUUUUUUUGGCCUAUUUUUUUUUGGCCUAUUUUUUUUGGCCUAUUUUUUUGGCCUAUUUUUUUUGGCCGAUUUUUUGACAAUUUUUUAACUAUUUUUACUAAUAUUUGGGCAUAAAUUCCAUACUAAUUGUUUUAAUAUAAUUUUUAAUAUGUUUUAAAACGAUUUAACCAACAAAAAAUGCACCCUUAACAGAUUUCGUACUCCAUGAAUACUAAUUCAUUGUUUUUAAAAUUUCGAAAAUUUUAGAUUUAAUUAGGAGUUUUUCACUUAAUUUACUAAAUAUUAAUCGCGUAAGUAAAAGUCUCUGCUUCUCAAUUAGGUUUUUAGUCCUCUCAGCAGCUUCAUGAAUGAGGCUAGGUAAAAAAAUAGGCCAAAAACAAAUAGGCCAAAAAAAAAAUAGGCCAAAAAAAAAAUAGGCCAUAAAAAAAUAGGCCAAAAAAAAUAGGCCAAAAAAAAAAAUAGGCCAAAACAAAAUAGGCCAAAAAAAAAAUAGGCCAAAAAAAAAUAGGCCAAAACAAAAUAGGCCAAAACAAAAUAGGCCAAAAAAAAAUAGGCCAAAAAAAAAAUAGGCCAAAACAAAAUAGGCCAAAAAAAAAUAGGCCAAAACAAAAUAGGCCAAAAAAAAAUAGGCCAAAAAAAAAUAGGCCAAAAAAAAAUAGGCCAAAAAAAAAUAGGCCAAAAAAAAAUAGGCCAAAAAAAAAAAUAGGCCAAAAAAAAAUAGGCCAAAAAAACAAUAGGCCAAAAAAAAAUAGGUGAAAAAAAAAAAAUAGGCCAAAAAAAAAUAGUCGUUAUGAAAUAGUCGUCGUGUGAAGGAACCAAAAAUAGGAAUUUUUUUAAUAUUUUUGUUUGCUCACAGGAGGAGGGGGAGUUAGAAAAAAAAGACAAUGAAGAAAAUUUUUUGCUAAGACCUUCUAGCUCAGCUAAUAAUAUUGAUAACCUUUUUUCUAGCAGCUCACACGAGCAAUUAGAGCAUCAAGAUGAGCAAAAAGAGUAUGAUUAUUAUUCAAAAGACAAAAAUGAAGCUUGAGACAAAAAUAUUUUGCAGCCGAAAAUAGUAGAGGCUGAGCAGAAAGGAACUUGCGAAUGCCAGCUUACUAGAAGUGCAGGGUUGUGGUCACUUGGGCUAGAAAAAUCCGAGCAUUCUAUACACACAGCAUAUAUUCAUUUGAUUGAUAUGGCAGACCAUUUUAUUUAUAUAGAAAAUCAAUUUUUUAUUUCUUCAACAGGGGGAUCACUAGUAAAAAAUCAAAUAGCUCAAGCUCUAGUAGAAAGAAUAAAAGUAGCUGCGGCCAGGCAUGAAAAAUUUUUAGUCGUGGUUGUACUACCAUUAUUGCCAGGAUACAAUAUUUAAAAUAGCAGUCAGGGAUAGGGUCAUAGUCCUGCACAACAGGCUAGCCCUAUUAUCCGAGCUUAGUGAGAGACGUUCAAGCUUCUUGAGAGUCUCGGCUUGUCUGUGCUAAGUCUAGCAUAGACUAGAAAAAGUCUGAAAGGCUUAAUUGCUUUAACGGUUCGACGGUUAGACCGAUCCACCUACCAUUGUUCAGAGCUGUUAUUGAAGCUGGCCUACCAUUGUUCAGAGCUGUUAUUGAAGCUGGAUCUCAAAUUAAAUAGGACUUAAGGCGCUAUCGUGCUAGAGAGACUCGAUAAACUUAAACUUAAAUUGCCAGGAUUUGAAGGAUCAGUUAGUGAUAGUGGAGCUGCAGUUUUAAGGGUUCAACUGCAUUGGGAAUAUGAGACUAUAUGCAGAUCAUCAAGCUCUUUGCUAAAGCAAUUGGCUGAUGACCCUAAUAUUAAAGAUCCAUCUGAUUAUAUUAGGUUUUAUGGCCUGAGAACGCACGAUUUACUAGAAAAUACUCCAGUAACUGAACUUGUUUAUGCUCAUAGUAAACUAAUGAUUAUUGAUGACGAUAUUGCACUUAUAGGCUCUGCAAAUAUUAAUGAUCGAAGCCUACUUGGGACAAAUGACUCAGAGCUUGCAAUGAUUAUUGAUGAUAAUGAUAAAGUCUCAAUGCCUAUAGGAAGUGAGGAAAGAGAAGUUUCAAGAUUUGCCCAUAGUUUGAGGGUGUCUUUAUAUAGCGAGUACUUAGGAGUUGAUUAUUUUGAUGAUAGAAUUCAAAACCCCACAUCAGAAGAAUGCUUAAUCCCCCUUUUAAAUUUGAACAAAAAAUCCUAUUCCAAUUUAAAGGUGUUCUAAUUUUUUAUUAAAAAAAAAUUAAAUUUUAGUUUUGCUCAAUAAUAAUUUUAACAUUAAAAUAAAAUAAAUUGACCCCAAAUUUUUGAAUUUUAAUUUAUUUUUUUAAGUAUUAACUCAAAAGUCAAUCGAUAUUCUACUCGUUAAAUUAGGUUUAAAGCAAAUUUGAAAGAUAUUAGUAUUUUUACCUAUAAAAUUUCCUAUUGAAAAAAGAAUUUUUUUCCAAUUUAAAGGGGGCUAAAGUAAAAAUUUAUGGAUAUUUUGUUCGAAUUAGAAGAGGGGGAGUUAGAAUUAUGAAAUAUAACUGCUAGCCAUAAUACUAAAUUUUACAGAAAAGUUUUUAGGUGCUAUCCUGAUGAUAAAAUAUUGAAAAUAAAAGAAAUUGAAACUUUUGCAGGAAAGGCUAAUUUGGAGGCUUAUGAGAAUGAAAGACAUAAAUCAAAAGGAAUACUUGUAAUGGUUUAUAUAGUGUAAUUUUCCUUUGAAAUUUUUGGAAAAUGAAAAAUUGCAGAUCACAGUUUUUAACAGAGAGUUUAUUAUUCCUGAAGAAAGCUUUGUAUAA